UCACUUAGUCACUGAAAUAGAUUUCCGAUAAAGUUAUUUUAUGACUACUAUUGAUGGAGGAAGUGUCGAAUGAUAUAACUAUUUUUUAUCAUGUAUUCAAGAUUGCUUCGAGUUUUCGUGUCCGAAAAUGAAUUCGCUGCCAAAGCGUUACUCAGACGCAAAUAUUGCCGUCUCUUCACCGGGCGAUUACCGUUUGAAAACUGUUCGCUACUACAAAAUCGAAAGGGAUUCGACCUUCGAGAACACCUUUCCAACAUAAAACAGUCGUGUCUCCUAAAAAAAUAUUUUUCCUCCAACAACCAGACUGAAAAAGAAUUUGAACAGGCGUGCAAUGAAACAUUAGAAUCUUUGUGUGAAUAUCUAGAACACAUUGUUGAAGAUAGUCCACAACUUGAUAACCCUGAUGUGACACUAAACGAUGGUGUAUUGACCUUACAAUUAGGUGAACCUUAUGGAACAUACGUUAUUAACCGUCAGACACCGAACAAACAAAUUUGGUUAAGUUCACCAACAAGUGGCCCUAAACGAUAUGAUUUAAAGUGUUCAAAAUGGAUUUACAAACAUGAUGGUGUUAGUUUGCAUGAAUUAUUGACUAGUGAACUAUCCCAAAUUCUUUCAGUCGAUGUCAAUUUUUCUAAAUGUGUAUUUGGUGGUGCUUCAUGCAAAUAGUUAAUUUUAUUUAUGUACUUAUACAAUUUUGAAUUAAAUAUUGUUAAUUAUAAUGUUAAACAUAUAU